AUGAAUAGUAGCGAUUCGUGCUAUAAGUCGUUCAUGGAAUUUUGCACGAACAAGGCCGAACUUAGCAAAUCCACUUUGUCCGAGAACACGGCUCUUGCCGACUAUAACGAGAAAAAUCCGAAUGCAGCUAAGACUGCCCGCUGUUCUUAG